AAGGGGAGGAGUUUAUCCCAGAGUGUCCGCGCGCUCCGUCAGCCGCAUCCUCGUCACCAGGGACUUGGAGAGCCUCCAUCAUCACCUCGUCUUUCAUCACCUCCAUCACCUCCGUCAGCUCCAUCAUGUCCGGCUCUAAGGAGGACGACCGGAAGGGCUCGAGCGAGUGGCGGGAAUUCUUCUGGAACCCGAGGACGCACGAGCUGCUGGGCCGGACCGCCGCCAGCUGGGGGCUGAUCCUGCUCUUCUACCUGAUCUUCUACCUGUUUCUGGCGGGCAUGUUCGCCUUCACCAUGUAUAUCAUGCUGCUCACGCUCGACGACUACAAGCCCACCUGGCAGGACCGGCUGGCCACUCCAGGGAUGAUGAUUCGCCCAAAGGGAAACCAGCUGGAGAUCACGUUCUCCACCUCAGACACCGAGAGCUGGGACGGCUUCGUCCACAAUCUCAACUCCUUCCUGUCCCUGUACAACGACAGCUAUCAGGUUCAGACCAACGAUGAAUGCACACCUGACGAGUACUUCAUCCAAGAGGACAGCGGAGAGGUGAGGAACAAUCCCAAACGUUCCUGUCAGUUCAAUCGGACGGUGUUGGAGGAGUGUUCGGGGGUUUCGGAUCGCUUCUAUGGUUACGACAAAGGACAGCCCUGCAUCCUCAUCAAACUGAACCGGGUGAUCGGGAUGUUACCGGGGAAGGACAGACAGUCUCCUUAUGUCACCUGUGCAGCAAAGAGGUACAGAGUGGGUGAAAAUGAGUGGAGGGAGGACAGCGACAAGAUCGGACCUCUGGCUUAUUAUCCUCCUAAUGGGACCUUCAACCUCAUGUACUACCCGUAUUACGGCAAGAAGGCCCAGGUGAACUACACUCAGCCUCUAGUGGCCGUGAAGUUCCUGAACGCCUCUCUGAACACUGACAUCAACGUGGAGUGUAAAGUGACCUCCAACACGCUCGCCGCCGGCAGUGACAGGGACAAGUUCGCCGGACGCAUCUCCUUCAAACUCCGAAUCAACGACAAAUAGACACACACACUGACACAGACACACACACAGAAACACACACAAACACGUGAAAGCUGCACUCAUCCAGAUGUUUCCACUUCCUGUCACAGCCUCACACUGACCAGCUGUAUUUUAUAUUUCCAUGUCGUGUUCACUGACCAAGGUCUUGAUGCAAUCACUGACCAUGAUGACGAUGCGUUCACUGACCAGGGUCAUGAUGCGUUUACUGACCAUGAUUAUGAAGCAUUCAGUGACCAUGAUGAUGAUGAUCGUGAUGAUGAUCACUGACCAGGGUCAUGAUGCGUUUACUGACCAUGAUUAUGAAGCAUUCAGUGACCAUGAUGAUGAUGAUGAUCGUGAUGAUGAUCACUGACCAGGUCAUGAUGCAAUUACUGACCAUGAUGACAGUGCGUUCACUGACUGUUUAAAGUGUGGAUUCCCUUGUAGUUGUAAACACCCAGUUUCUUUCUCUGAUUGGACCCCUCGGUGCAGCUUUAACUCAGACACACCCAUCCUCAAAACGACCAAUCAGCACACACACAUAGUCUGAUGUCACUGCCACUGGAGGCCGGUGACAGGCCAGUGUUCACCUCCAUGGUGGAUCAGUCUGCAUGAAUCAAAGAGAGAAUUAUUGAUCCCUUAAUGUACACUUUAUUGAUUGUUUAUUUAUUUUUUUGUUUACAACGUGUUUGUUUACACUGACAUUCUUUAAAUAAGUCAGAGAUGAGACAUGUGAACACAGAAACACUCAGACAUCAACUCUGAUUCCCUGUCUGACGUCACCUUCUUUCACGGCUGUGUCAUCAGAAAAAACGAUCAGGACCAAUCACAGUAAUUAAUGACCUCAUAGUCACUGAUCAAUCAGCCAGUCUGGAGUCAGUUCUCAAUUUUCUGAUAAUGAAGCACAUCUUCUACAUCAUUCCCAGUCCAGAAACCACAAACCAGUUCACUAACUGGUUUGUCUUAUCGGCCAUGAUAAAUGUCUCCUCGUUUGUUGCCACGGAAACAGCUGAACUCACAGCCAAUCGGAAGCUAGCUUUAGUUUCUAUUCCCGCAGCUUUAGUGUGAUGAUGUCACCUCGUUUCUUCUUUUCCUUUUUGUGUGGCUGCAGCUGAUUGGCUCCUUAGUUAGAAAAUCAAUUAGUGCUCACCUGGGUGAGUUAGGUUAGUUAACGAGGUAGGAAGUCGUUAAUGUUUGCUUUUGUUUGUUAUUUAUUUGUUUGUAUGUGUGUUUCUGUUUCCACCAUGGGGCUGAGCAUGACAACACACACACACAUACAGUCAGUGUCCUCAGCUCCGUCGGGGAAACACCCCCACUUACCUGUACUCCUGUCCACCAAUUGUCUUCCUUUAAAGAAAGGGCCUGGCCAAUCAGAGGUUCCUGCUGUAUGGUGUCAUCUACUGUUACCUGCUUGUAACUGGUUGAUUUCUCCUGCCUGAAAAUGUCCUUGUGUUCAAACAGCACAUUAAAAAAAGCAAGAAAUUAAACAACAAAAAA